AUGGAGUGGCAAAUUCUGGCCCUCGAAGCGACCGUGGAUCCUCGAUCUGCAGACUCGGAUCCGGAUGCGGGAGAUCCUCCAAGGCCUGUGGUGGAGCGCCCCGAGUAUGAAAUUCCGCGCGAAAUACUGCAACGACCAAGGCCAACGGCGAUCAAGUCUCUGAAGGGCGGAUCAAGUGGAGAUCAAAAGGUCUCUGACCACCCGCCUUUGGAUAACCCGCCGUCGGACAAUCCGCCGCUGGAUUGUCGGCCGUUGGAUGUGGCGUCUGUCGCAAGUGAUGGAUCGGAUCUGUCGUCUAUCGCAGAUGACGAGUCUAUGUCACAUGUUGUAACGGUCGUGAAGGCGCCGGACGAUCAGGAUCCAGGCGUAUCAGAUAUUACAACAGCGGAUCUGCCCCUGGUCGAGGAUCCAGCCGUGGAAACGGUAUCGGCAGAGAAAGCUCGAAGUGGUGUAACUGGUGCGGAUCAAGAUCCACUAGAUCAGGAAGUCCAAGAUCCGAAAGUGGCGAAGUUGAAGGGUGAUGGGUCGUACCCAUCAUCAUUGAUGGGUGUAGAAUCUGGGGCGAGCCAUAAGUUGGGUGACCCGUUGGACCAGAAGGACGCCGCGUCUAUGUCACAGAAAAGGGACGAGGUUUCGGCAGCUGUUCUGGAAGAUCAACCGGACACAUCGGAUCUGGACCUUACUUGGGACUCGGAUCAGGAUUACGACGAAUGUGUGUAUUACCACGAAGGCAGUGAUCUCUACGCUGAAGAUGUCGACGGACAACUAUCGGUACUGCCUGAAGUCCCAGCAACGCCGGAAGAUGUGAGGAUCGAGGAUAUCCAAUUGUGCGGAUCCGAGAAUCAGACGCCUGAAGAGAUCGACCGGCUCCGCCAGCGGAUCUGGAGUUCCGACAUCUCCUGA